AGCUCCAAGAUGGCGGCAGCGGCGACCUGCGGCACCGGCGCUGGCAAUCAGGGAUGUACGGCGGCGGCGGCAGCCGGCAAGAACAACGUCACCAGUUUCCAGAGGAAGGGUCCUAGAGCCAGCGUCCCUGACAGCGGCUGUGCUCGACUGGUGUCCAUCGCGGGCACUCGACCGUCGGUGCGCAACGGACAGCUGCUGGUAUCUACUGGGCUCCCAGCCCUGGACCAGCUCUUAGGUGGAGGUUUGGCCGUUGGAACAGUUCUUCUAAUUGAAGAGGAUAAAUAUAAUAUUUAUUCUUCGUUGCUCUUCAAGUAUUUCCUGGCAGAAGGAGUUAUCAAUGGGCAUACUUUGUUGGUUGCAUCUGCAAAAGAAGACCCUGCUGAUAUUUUACAGGAACUUCCUGCACCAUUACUUGAUGAUAAUUGUAAAAAAGAUUUUGAUGAAGAUGUAUGCAAUCAUAAAACACCAGAAUCUAAUAUUAAGAUGAAAAUAGCUUGGCGUUACCAGUUAUUACCCAAGAUGGAGCCUGGACCAGUAUCUUCUUCAAGAUUUGGUCACUAUUAUGAUUUAUCAAAAAGGAUGCCACAAGAACUAAUUGAGGCUUCAAAAUGGCAUGGAUUUUUUUUUCCAGAAAAAUUAUCCCCAACUCUUAAUAUAGAACCAUGUUCUUUGACCCAUGGCUACAUAAAGCUGCUUCAGUUUAUCCAGAACGUCAUAUAUGAGGAAGGAUUUGAUGGAUCCAAUCCCCAGAAGAAACAGAAAAACAUUUUAAGAAUAGGAAUCCAGAAUCUUGGUUCACCUUUAUGGGGAGAUGACAUUUGCUGUACAGAAAACUGUGACAACAGCCACAGCCUUACAAAGUUCCUGUAUGUUCUCCGUGGUCUUCUACGAACCUCUCUUUCAGCCUGUAUCAUAACAAUGCCAACACAUCUUAUCCAAAAUAAAGCAAUUAUUGCUCGUGUUACAAACUUGUCAGAUACAGUUGUUGGUCUGGAAUCAUUUAUUGGUUCUGAAAGAGAAACCAACCCAUUAUAUAAGGAUUAUCAUGGUUUGAUUCAUAUUCGACAGAUUCCUCGGCUUAAUAACUUGAUUUAUGAUGUAUCCGAUGUCAAAGACUUAGCUUUUAAAUUAAAAAGGAAGCUAUUCACCAUUGAGGUCCCAAGAAAUUGAAUAAUGGGCCAACUUCUUCAUUCAUAAAUAAGCCCAUGGACUUUUAAUGGUGAUGAUAUUCUUUAAGUGAAGUACUUGUGAUUAUUCUUGAGAAUUUUUAGGAUUUUAUUUCUUUGUUUCUGCCUUGAGAUAGUACUUAUACAACUUAUAAUUUAACACAUGUAGUAGGUAGCUAUGAUGGAAUUAUUGUCUACAGUGUAAAAUGUCUUAACUUGUUUCAGUCAAAAAUGAGGAAUUUAAAUGCACCUAAUCGGGUCUCAUCAAAAGCAGUACCACUCUCCCAAUUAUUAAUUAUAUUUUAUAUUAGUUAGAGCAAUUGAUAAAGUGACUAGGGUACAAGUAAUAGAAGAGGUAAGGGAAUUGUCCCACUCAUUUUUUUUCAGAAAGUUCAGAAAGAAAAAGUUAAUUUCAAGAAAAAGACCCUUUAAACUUGAGUAUCAGGGAAAAUAAAUUUUUUGAGAACUUUUAAGGGAAAAUAAUGCAUGAACAUAGCCAGAACAGCAGUUUAUAUUUAACAGAACUAAAUGGCCACAUUUUCAAGUAAAGUACGCCCUGGCAUUUGAACAGCUGUUAUAUCUAAAUCAGAUUUGAAUACUGUUGUUUAACCUUCCCAGCUGUAGCGGGGGUGGUUUGUUAGUCUAAUUCAGUAUAAAAUAUGCAUAGUAUACUUAAAUUUGAAACUUUAAAUACACAUUUGUAUUAAAAUGAUAAAUUUUAGUCAUAUAAGCCUAUUUUAGAUAAGCUCAUUAUCUUUCUGUGAGUUAUAUAUUCUUCUCAACUAUAUUGUA